GUUGCUAGGGUGACAGGGACACAGCAUGGCGGCUGGAUCCUAACGCUAUCCUUGGAGGGACCACCACGGAGAGCCUAGUGAGGGACCCCGCCUCAGGGAAGUGGAAAGCAGGGGGACAACCUUCCUGCCUCUUUCUUUUCCGUCCAGUGUCGGCAAGGGGUUGUCGCCGGCUUCAGCAUCCAAGAUGAAGAACUAUAAAGCAAUUGGCAAAAUAGGAGAGGGAACGUUUUCUGAAGUUAUGAAGAUGCAAAGCCUGAGAGAUGGAAACUACUAUGCAUGUAAACAAAUGAAGCAGCGCUUUGAAAGUAUUGAGCAAGUCAACAACCUACGAGAGAUCCAAGCACUAAGGCGCCUGAAUCCGCACCCAAACAUUCUUAUGUUGCAUGAAGUGGUUUUUGACAGAAAAUCUGGUUCUCUUGCACUAAUAUGUGAACUUAUGGACAUGAAUAUUUAUGAGCUAAUACGAGGGAGAAGAUACCCAUUAUCAGAAAAAAAAAUUAUGCACUAUAUGUACCAGUUAUGUAAGUCCCUGGAUCAUAUUCACAGAAAUGGAAUAUUUCACAGAGAUGUAAAACCAGAAAAUAUACUAAUAAAGCAGGAUGUCCUGAAAUUAGGGGACUUUGGCUCCUGCCGGAGUGUCUAUUCCAAGCAGCCGUACACAGAAUACAUCUCCACCCGCUGGUACCGGGCCCCAGAGUGUCUCCUCACCGACGGGUUCUACACGUACAAGAUGGACCUGUGGAGCGCCGGCUGUGUGUUCUACGAGAUCGCCAGUCUGCAGCCCCUCUUCCCUGGAGUAAAUGAACUGGACCAAAUCUCAAAAAUCCACGAUGUCAUCGGCACACCUGCUCAGAAGACCCUCACCAAGUUCAAACAGUCGAGAGCUAUGAAUUUUGAUUUUCCUUUUAAAAAGGGAUCAGGAAUACCUCUACUGACAACCAAUUUGUCCCCACAAUGCCUCUCCCUCCUGCACGCAAUGGUGGCCUAUGAUCCCGAUGAGAGAAUCGCCGCCCACCAGGCCUUGCAGCACCCCUACUUCCAAGAACAGAGGAAAACAGAGAAGCCGGCUCUGGGCAGCCACAGAAAAGCUGGCUUUCCGGCACACCCUGUGGCACCGGAGCCACUCAGUCACAGCUGCCAGGUUUCCAAGGAGGGCAGAAAGCAGAAACAGUCCCUAAAGCAAGAGGAGGACCAUCCCAAGGGACAAGGACCAGCUUAUGUCAUGGAACUGCCCAAACUAAAGCUUUCGGGAGUGGUCAAACUGUCGUCUUACUCCAGCCCCACGCUGCAGUCCGUGCUUGGAUCUGGAACAAAUGGAAGAGUGCCGGUGCUGAGACCCUUGAAGUGCAUCCCUGCGAGCAAGAAGACAGAUCCGCGGAAGGACCUUAAGCCUGCCCCGCAGCAGUGUCGCCUGCCCACCAUAGUGGGGAAAGGCGGAAGAUACUGAGCAGCACGGUCGUCUCGACUUCCGGAGAACCCAGAACGGAAGCAAGGAUGAGGCCUCAGCCAUCCUCCUCCCCAUUCAAACACGUUCAUCCCUCAACCCUCUGCUGAGCACCUGCGUGCUGCCCGGCCACAACGUCACCCUUCUUGUGUGAGCCUACCCUCAUCCACCCACCUCACCCUCCUGACCUUAAAGAAGACACCGCGCAGAAGCACAGGGGAGCCCAGCCACACCCCACACUGGCGGGGGCGGGCCUUGUGGGGAGAAGCAGUAAGCAGCCAUCUCCGUCAGCCAUCUCCAUCCGGCACUCAGAUGUGCACGCCUUAGUGUGACAGGCGGCAGCAGUGCGACCGUGACCUCCCGUCUCCUGCUCUGCUGUCCCCACACCUGCGGUGCAGGCGGCCUGCCAUGAGGCAGCUAGAGUCCAGCUAGACCCACCCCUGGCACGGCCGACCUCUUCCUGGCUUCUUCUGGGCCUAAUCCCCGUGCAUUCUCCAACGCCAGAAGUGUAAGUGCAAGGCAACAAGUGAGAAGAGCAAACCCAAACUGUACCAGGGAAGCUAGUCUUUCCAGGGCACCUGAGUGAGGGCAUGACCAGCCUUGACACUGCCUUGCUGCCAUCUGCCCAGGGCCUGCUGAAUGCUUGAGUCCAUGGUGACAGUGGUGGGGACAGUUACGAGGCAGUUAGAUUUUGGAAGUCAUGUUGGCCCACUUGGCUAUGGAGCAGUCUUGGGAACAGCGCCAUAAAAAUCAAGAUUUAUUCCUGGCAUAGAUGCAUCUAGAGUAAACUGGGGCGUAUCUGACAGGGUUAGUGCAGUGAUGGCCAAAUGCAAACUGCAUUCCAGAACCAGCGAAGGGUGACAGACUGGGCUGAGGCAGAGCUAGGACUAACCGUCUCAAGUGAUGCCAUCUCAGGGCCAGCAAAAGUUUUGGACACAGCUGGGUCAUCUGACCAAACUGCUCAAAUCUUUACAUAAUUAUUGUCCUGGUAUUAAAUUUCCACCUGCCACUUCCCAC